AUGGCCCAACCCGAGCCCCCCAGGACGCCUUUCAAGAACUGGCCGAAUGAUGCAGGCUUCGACGCGACCGUUGAGCAGCACAACCCCCUAGAGCUACCCAUAAUCGGCACGUUCCCCUCUUGCCUCGCUGGAACACUCUACCGCACCGGGCCGGGAACAUACAAAGUUCCAGACAGCAAAUUCCAGCUCAGCCACUGGUUCGAUGGAUUCACUCAUCUCCACAGGUUUCAGCUGGUCGCUAAACCUAAGGGGGGGUGCAAGGUGUUCUAUACAUCGCGCCGACAGGUCGAUGCCAUGAUCGAGGAGGCACGAAAGUUGGGAUCACUGAAGGACAUCACAUUCGGGCAGAAGAGGGAUCCGUGUGAGAGUAUCUUUCAUAAGGUGAAGAGUAUCUUUCUCCCGGCAAUUAACAAACUGGAUCCGGUGCUGGUAAAUUCAGGGGUUACAGUUUUUGCGAAUGCUCCCGUCGCCCCUCCUCAUCUCAAAGCCACCGAAAGACCAGAAUCCGUCCAGUUUCACAAUUUAACAACAUUGACUGAUGCCAACGUCAUCAAACACAUCAACCCCGACACCCUCGAACCACUCGGAGUCACCCAACAAACCACCCUGCACCCCUCCCUCAAAGGCCCACUUUCAUGCGCACACGCCGAGAUCGACCCCGAAUCUGGCGAUCUAUACAACUACAAUCUCUCCUUCGGAAGAAACUCCACUUACCGGAUCUUCCGGACCUGCGCUACAACCAACAAAACCUCCAUCUUAGCAACCAUCACCGGUCCUGCCGUUAAACCGGCCUACCUGCACUCCUUUUUCCUCAGCCCUGACUACGUGAUCCUAUGUAUCUGGCCCUGCGUUAUUGCUGCGGGCGGGAUAAGGAUCCUGUGGGAACGGAACGUCGUCGACGCGUUGCGAUUCGACCCGACUCUGCAAACGAGGUGGUAUGUGGUUGAUCGGAGGAAUCGCAGGGGGGUAGUGGCUACAUUUCUCAGCCCGGCAUUUUUUAGCUUCCAUACUAUUAACGCGUGGCAGAAAAGCAAUGAAGACGGGACGGUAGAUAUCAUAUGCGAUAUCAUUCAGUAUCCCACGGAUCAACUGAUUCGGGGGGUAUAUUACGAAGCGAUCAUCUCCACCGGAAAGGAUGUGGAAAAGUACUUUGGGAACGAGAAUUCCAGGGCUAGUCUUGUUCGCUAUCGACUUGCGGGCGUUCCUCGCGAAGGUAGGAUGCCGAAGUCCGCUAAGGAUGCCGGACUUCCAGGAGCGGAGGCGCUGUGCAGGGUUAAUUCGGAAUAUAUAAUGGAGCUACCCACCAUCAACCCAAGGUUCAAGACCACGAAGACUCGAUAUGUCUACGCUGUGUUGAAUGAGGGAAAGUCUUCCUUCUUCGACGCCCUCGUGAAAGUUGAUCUCGAAACACAAAAGCUUCAAAUCUGGAGCACGGAACACCAUACACCCGGGGAAGCGAUCUUUAUUCCCAAUGAAACAGACAAUGCAGAAGAUGCAGGGUUUCUUUUAAGUGUUGUUUUGAAUGGCGAUACCAGGACAAGCUAUCUCUUAUGUCUGGAUGCGCGAAACCUGAUUGAAGUUGGACGUGCUGAGUGUCCUGCGGCGGUUGGGUUUGGGUUUCAUGGGUCGCAUUAUCCGCCCCCUCGUAAAGAUGCGUGA